UGUGUAGAGUUUAGUUAAUUAGUUUUAUACACUGACAAUGUAAAGAUUUCUAUACUAUCAUGUCAUGUAAAAGCGUAUAGGUAACCGUAAUACAGCAGGUUAUCAAAUACAAUACCUUAAAAUACGGUGAUAGUGUAAAGAGUUUAAUAAGUUAAAUCCAUUUGUGUGAAGUUGUUUCUGUCGUUGAAAAUUAAAUUGUUGCAAUGUGGUUACAUAGCUAAACAGUGGCAGAAGGAAGUAAAUUGUUGCAUUCUUCCUCAUUUCAAUUGUUCCAUUUUCUUUUUCUCCCACCCUUUCCUUUAUUUAGUGGGUUUUGUAAAUCGGUUACGUUGGUUUGAUGACUUUCCUUUGUUAUAUAUGGUGAACUUGUUUGUCUGCACCUGUGCAUCUGACUUUUCCAGAGAGUACGAUGGAGCUUGCCUACAAAUGCGAAUGUCCUACAGUCCAGCUGCGCACCUCUUUCUUUUCUUAGUGCAAUGGACCGAUUGCCACCUAGCUGGUGCCCUUGGAUUGUUGAGAAUUCUAAUUUACAAGGUUUAUGUUGACGGCACCACAACCAUGUCAACUCAUGAAAGGAAGGCAAGCAUUAGGGAGUUCUAUGCUGUUAUUUAUCCCUCCUUACUUCAACUUGAAAGAGGUGUUACGGAUUCAGAAGACAAAAAGCAAAAAGCAGUAUGCUCGGAGAGAUACAGGAGAAGAGAUGAUGACGAUUACAGACAAUCUUCUGACUCGGACAUUGAAAGGGAAGAUGAAUGUGGAAUCUGCAUGGAAAUGAACAGCAAAAUUGUCCUUCCCAAAUGCAAUCACGCCCUGUGCUUGAAAUGCUAUCAUGAAUGGCGUUCAAGGUCACAGUCAUGCCCCUUCUGCCGCGAUAGCCUUAAAAGGGUAAACUCCGGGGACCUGUGGGUAUACAUGGAUAACAAAGACGUCGUGGACAUGACAACGAUAACAAGGGAGAACCUUAGAAGGCUAUUCAUGUAUAUAGAGAAGUUACCUUUGAUCGUGCCGGAUAAUGUUUUUGACCACUAUGAUACUCAUAUAAGGUAGAGGAGCAAUGCCCUAAGGACCAAGAAAUUGGUUGCACUAGAUUUAGAAAUGCAGGUGGACUACUUUCCACCUUCUGAAUUCGUAGAAGCCGACCGCAUCAGUGUGGUGCAGGGGUUGAAGCUAAGUUAGAUUAGCUUGAAAAAAAGGAGCUUUUUAAUUGCAUCUCCUAAUUUGUACAUUCUUGUACAGUUCCAGUUUACUUGUUGGAAGCACAGUACCCUUUUGUUGUUUGUUUCUAAUCUUCAACUGUCAUCAACACCAGCAUUUGUUGUGGUUGAAUUCUAUUUUGCAUUCGAAAUAUAUAAUAUAGGAUGUAUUUAAUUGCCAA